AUGGGUACAGAUAAUCCAGGAAAGAUUAAUGCAAACAGAGUACAAUGUCUGGCAAUCAGAAUCUUGAAACCAUUCUUACAGUUCCUGUUUCUGGAACCACAACAAACUCCAGCUUAUCAACAAUUGAGACAUGGUAUCCAGGAAGUGUUGCUAGGGGUGAUACAAAAACAAGAUGACUCAGCAAAUGAAAUAGUGCACCUAUUGGUUAGUCUACUUCCUGGGUUACAGAUAAAAACACCUGAUAAUCUGGGCUACAGUCUUGAGUUUCUGACUCAAAUAGUGCAGAAAAUUAACCCUGGCAGUAGAAAAGUCAGACAGGAAGUUCCGUGUGCUUUAUUAGUUCUGAGUUUUACCAUUAUUAAAUCAUGCUUGAAGAAAAACCUACAUGUUAUUACAUUGUUGCAGGGUCUUGUACAAAUGCUGGAAUGCUGCCAAACGAUUGACUAUGUAGAAAAUAUUAUUCUACUGAUAUCAGAUCUAUUAAUGGUGGUAGAUUAUGAAAUAUCGGACUCAAUCUUGUGUAUUUGUAAGAAUGUACUAGAGAGAUGUCAGACUACCAAUCAACUGACUCAAUCCAUAUUAAUAUUACCACUAUUACAGUUGUUAUCAAUACCUACUGAACAACCUGGAUCUGAACAGAUCAAAUCUUUAACCUCUCAAAUUAUUUCACUGAUUGAAAAAUCAGAUGGGAAUUCUAAGUCAGUUGAAAAGAAAUCUUCUCCCGCUUACUUCACAGAAGAUGGUCACCAGACCCAGAUGUUUGUCAAUUUACUGGAAGACUUUAAUCAUGAUCCUGAAAAUGCCAGGAAAUGGCUUCAGAAUGUUCUGAAUUCCAUCAGCAGUUUCCAGAAUAUCUCUGUCACGACAACCAAUAUGGUGGCAGCACUGUUUGUUUCUGUUAGUGAAUAUGAUUUGAAGAAAUUGACUCUAGAAUUACUCGUUGAGAUUGCCAAAGCAGAUAAUUCUCAGGCGCCAAACUUUUUGUCGUUGUUGUUGUAUGAACUUGGCAGAAAUAAAGAUGCAGGCUCCAGACUUCUGAUUAUGGAAUUUGUGCCAUUGUUUGCACGACAUAAGGUCUGUAUAGGGCCCAUAUUGAAGACAAUACAAAUGUUUAGUACGUCUAUCAAACUACAACCAUUAGCUAUCAGAUUGAUGGUUCAUUUAUGGCAGAUACAAGAUCGUUGUUACCCUCAUCUGAUAAAACUGGUCACUGAGCCGUCGUCUAGUAACACUGUCAUCAUAGCUCAGGCUCUGGCUAUUAAAGAAAUUUGCCAUCUCAGACCUGAACAACACGGGGAAGAUCUGCUGGCACCAGUUUCUGAUAUUCUCAAUAAAUGUUCUGAUAUUUCUAUGGUAACAGCUGCUGCCCUGGCACUAGAAGCAUUAUAUAUGCUGUGUGAAGCAGAGGUAAUAGAUAUAAAAUCAGCCUGGAAUGUUCUAGCUGUAAAACUUACCACUGACAAGAGACCAGCUGUAAUAGAAAAAAUCUGUGAACUGUUUGCCCUGGUUCCUAAUUUAGCUGUGGAUAAUCCUGAAUAUGAGGAGUUUAUGAAUGAUGUAGUUAAUAAACUAUGGAUGUAUAGUCAGAGUCAACAUGCUAGGGUCCAGGGUGCUGCUUACCAGGCUCUCGCUUCUUAUAAUCUUAACCAGUUUUAUAUUGAUCAGCUUCCAAAACAGGUUACAAAAGAUAUAAGAGAAGAAAUCGAGAAAAAGGAAAAGAAUAAAGGAAAUGAAGAUAUAAAUUAUCAUGUUUCAGUGCCGUCAGUCUGUUAUAUUCGUAUAUUACAAUCUACUUCUACAGAGGUUCUGAAAGAUUAUGGAGUAUUCCUGUCUGGAAUUGUGGGUAAAGAAGUUGAUGAAUUGCCACGAGGAAUUUAUCAUUCAUCACUACGGAGACAGACAGCAAUUUCCAACCAGGGUAAAGCUAUCAGUAAUAUCCCAGCAUUCAUUCUGUCAGAAUAUGAAAAGACUAAACAACCUGGACUACGACCAAGUCUCGCAGUAAGUCUGUUGUUUUGUUAUGAUCCACCAAUAGAAGUUGGUCGAGAUGGAAGACCUAGACGUCAUUAUAUCAUCAGUCAUGGUAAAAAUUAUCAGCAAUUUUUCCAAACAUUGUUAAACGAGGUACCUAUUCAACCAUCAGAAUGGCAUCGCUGUAUGUUACUUCCCCAAGGCUGGACGUCAUUCGUCGAUAGGUUGUACUCUUCUCUUUUGGAGAGUCGUAAGGUGGAAAUAGAAUCACAGUUUCGGCAAGGACAGAUUGAUGAGGAGGAGGCUAAGAAGAAAUUAUCAACCAAUUGGCUCUGGUAA